UUUUGCUCUAGUGGGCGUGGUUUAGUCCAGAUAACGGGACAGGCGCAGGAGAGCGGAGUUUGCGUUAGACCAGUUCUGGACCCGUGCUAAGUCAGUAAAAGCUGCUCCAUCUCAUCACGACGACGACGACGACAACACGUUCGAAGUGUCGUCGAAGACGAUGCGACACGGGCGCACGGUGAACUAAGUGAGCCAAGUGAGCCAAGUGAGCGGCGGCGCGGUUCUUCCCAGCGGUAGGUAGCUGACGUCAGGCAUGCGAGGGCACAGAGAUCCGUGAAACGCGCUCCUCGAACCCUCUCGUCUCCAGUCAAACCACAGCCCGACCGCCAGUUUAUCCUGCCAGGAUUCCAGCAUCAUGCGAAGCGACAAGUCCGAGCCGGCCGAAGCCGAGGGUCCGGGCGCAGGCGACCCCGGGAGCAACGCGCCGAGCGCCGUCGCCGCGCUCGACGCGCCGCCGCCCCGGGCGAGGGGCAUCAGCGCCGUCGCGGUGCUCUGGACGUUCGGGAAGUGCCUGGGCGCCCUGCUGCCCGUCUACCUGGCCGGGUACUACCGGGUGAGCACCAGCCUGCUGGUGUGCGGCAUGAUGGUCUACACCGGCUGGAAGCACGCCCGGGAGGCCAAGGAGGCGCGCCUGAGGUCGGCCAUGGAGCUGCUCGACAACGAGCAGGAGUACGCGUCGAUGAAAGGGUCCAGAAUCAAGCGGGACCUCCCGGCGUGGGUCAACUUUCCAGAUGUUGAGAAGGUUGAGUGGCUGAAUAAGGUGCUGCAGCAGGUGUGGCCCUUCGUUGGACAAUACCUGGAGAAGCUGCUGGUGGAAACCAUCGCUCCAUCCAUCCGAGCCUCGAGCGCCCACCUCCAGACCCUCAGCUUCACAAAAGUGGACAUGGGUGACAAGGCCAUGAAGGUUGUUGGGAUCAAGGCACACACAGAGAACGACAAGGGACAAGUCCUGCUAGAUCUGUACAUCAGCUAUGUUGGCAAUGUGGAGAUCAACGUUGAGGUGAAAAGAUAUUUCUGCAAAGCCGGAGUCAAAGGAAUACAGCUUCAUGGGAUGAUGAGGGUGAUCCUGGAGCCUCUGAUUGGAGAUGUGCCCAUAGUGGGCGCCGUCUCCAUGUUUUUCAUCCGCAGGCCUAAACUAGACAUUAAUUGGACUGGACUGACUAAUAUGUUGGACAUCCCUGGACUGAAUGUCAUGUCAGACAGCAUGAUUAUGGACGCCAUUGCCUCCUUCUUGGUUUUGCCCAACCGCCUGGUCGUCCCCCUGGUUGCUGGCCUGCAUGUGGCCCAACUCCGCUCUCCUUUGCCAAGGGGUGUGGUGCGCAUCCACCUACUGGAGGCACAGAAUCUGGCAGCAAAGGACAACUAUGUGAAAGGGGUCAUGGCUGGCUUGUCUGACCCCUAUGCCAUAUUGAGGGUCGGCCCUCAGAGUUUUACCUCCCAACACAUUGACAACACGGACUCUCCCAAGUGGGGGGAAAUGUAUGAGGUUAUAGUCCACGAAGUGCCUGGUCAAGAGUUGGAGGUGGAGGUAUAUGACAAAGACACAGACCAGGAUGAUUUCCUGGGCAGGACCAAAUUGGAUUUGGGCAUUGUGAAGAAAUCCAUAGUUGUCGAUGAUUGGUUCACUUUGAAAGACACUCCGUCAGGACGGGUUCACUUCCGACUGGAGUGGUUGACCUUGCUGCCCAGCAGUGAUCGACUAGAGCAGAUUCUGAAGAGGAACGAGAGUGUGACUAGUAAGAUUGCUGAUCCACCGUCUUCUGCCAUCUUGGUUGUGUAUCUGGACAAAGCGGAGGCGCUCCCUAUGAAGAAGGGAAAUAAAGAGCCCAGUCCCAUGGUGCAGUUAUCUGUGCAGGAUGUCACUAGAGAGAGCAAGACUUGUUACACAACCAUUAAUCCAGAGUGGGAGGAAGCCUUUACCUUCUUCAUCCAGGAUCCACUCAAGCAGGACAUAGACAUUCAGGUGAAGGAUGCAGACCGUGUGCAGACCUUGGGGAGUCUGACGAUCCCUUUGUCCCGUUUGCUGUCCAACUCCAAUCUUUCUCUGGACCAGUGGUUCCAGUUGGACAAUUCGGGAUCUGCCAGUCGCAUCUACAUCAAUACAGUUCUCAGGGUCCUGUGGUUAGAUGAGGAACGUAUUCCAGCUGAUGUGUCAUCUGAUUUGGCAGCGGGACUGUCCAAACAGCUGCCCCAACAGACCUCCCCUCACCCAAGCUUUGCCACAGAGGGGUUGCUUAGAAUUCACCUGCUGGCAGGCCAGAACCUUGUGCCGAAAGAUAACCUGAUGGGAGGAAUGGUGAAAGGCAAGAGUGAUCCCUACGUCAAGAUGAACAUUGGGGGCGAAACAUUCACAAGCAGUGUUAUCAAGGCCAAUCUUAACCCCACAUGGCAUGAGAUGUAUGAGGUGAUUCUAACACAACUGCCGGGCCAAGAGCUGUUUGUGGAGGUGUUUGAUAAAGACAUGGACAUGAAGGAUGACUUCAUGGGACGGCUGAAGAUCAGUCUGAAGGACAUCAUUGAUUCUCAGUACACGGAUCAGUGGUACACUCUCAGUGAUGUGAAGUCUGGGCGAGUUCACCUGGUACUAGAGUGGGUUCCAACAGCCUCGGAGUCGGACAGACUGGACCAGGUUCUUCAGUUCUAUUCCAGACAGUCCUACCAGAACAAAGCGGUUCCCUCAGCGGGCCUACUGUUUGUGUUUAUCGAGCAAGCAGAUGGCUUACCAGUGAAGAAGAGUGGAAAAGAACCAAAAGUGGGAGCAGAUCUUACUCUUGGAGAAAUGUCCCGCAAAACUACAGUGUGUGAUCGCUCCACAUCACCUCGGUGGAACGAGGCAUUCUGCUACCUGGUUCAAAACCCCAGAGAGGAUAUUCUUGUUAUUAAGUUCUCCCACAGCUGGACGCUGCCCAUCGGUUCCCUGGUGGUUCCUAUCAGAGAGCUGCUGUCUGAACCACAGCUGGUCCUGGACCAGUGGUUCAAUCUGGACGGCGCCUCCCCAGAGAGUCAGGUUCUUCUGAGGGCUGAACUUAAGUUGCUGAUUCCAAGCAAAUGUCCUGGUGCCACUGAUAAAGCAAAGGUCACCUCAGUGUCAGACCCCUCCCCUGCUCAGUGGAAACCAGUGACAGACACAGUGCUGAGGUCCAGUUCAGUGGACGCUCUUCCUGUGGAGACCAUUGUCUCCUCAGUGACUUCACAUGAAGAUGUUGACGUAAAAGAAGCGGAAGCUGAUGCGACUGAAGAGAACCUGAAAGAACCACCGAGCCCUGCCAUCGCACAACCUGCUCAUACUUCUCCAGACCUCAGUUUUGCCAGUGAGGGGCUGCUGAGAAUCAUCCUGUUGGAGGCUCAGAGUCUGGUUGCCAAAGACAAUAAGAUGGGCGGUAUGAUGAAGGGCAAGAGUGACCCCUAUGCCAAGAUCAAUGUUGGAGAGGUCGCGUUCAAGAGUAAUGUGGUCAAGGAGAACCUCAACCCAGUCUGGAACGAAAUGUAUGAGGUGGUGCUGCGGCCUCAGCCAGAACAAGUGGUGCAAGUAGAACUAUAUGACAAAGACAUGGACAAAGAUGACUUCCUGGGCAGAUUCAAAAUCAGUGUCUCCGACAUCAUCCGUUCCCAGUACACAGACCAGUGGUUCACUCUGGAUGACGUGAAGUCUGGACGUCUUCGCCUGAUAUUGGAGUGGGUUCCAGCAGUGUCCUGUAAUGACGACUUGGACCAGGUGAUGCAGCUACAGUCUCUCCAGUCGUACCAGAACAAGGCUGUUUCCUCUGCAGCUCUGCUCUUUGUUUAUAUGGACAGAGCGCACUCAUUGCCCUUCAAGAAAAGUGGAAAGGAGCCCAAGGCUGGAGCCCAGCUUGUAUUUGGAAACACAACCUACAAAACCAAGGUGUGUGACCGCUCCAGAUCACCUCAGUGGAAUGAGGCGUUCUACUUCUUGGUCCGGGACCCCGGCGAGGAGAUGCUCAUUGUGAAGUUGUCAAGUGCGUGGGACCAGCCUAUGGGGUCUCUGGUUAUUCCUGUCAGAGAGAUGCUCUCCGAGCCACAGCUGGUCAUGGACCAGUGGAUGCAUCUGGAUGGUGCUUUACCUGAAAGUGAGAUCUUAAUGAGGGCUGAACUCAAGAUCCUGAACUCCAGGAUGACUGAAACUCCACUGCCUUCUGUAACUAGUUCAAAGAAGGAAGAGAUGGUCACCACUACGGACGUGACAUUCAAAGCAGCUAGGGAAGAGGAAAAAAUCUCAGGGCUGCCGACACAUGAGUCUUUUACAGAAUCCAACCAGCCUCAACAACCUGAAGCAGCAGAAGCACAUGCUGCAGCGGCUGCUGAAAAAGCCCCUCCUGCUGAACCUGCUGCUUUUUACGCUGCACCUGACACAUUCCCCUCUGCUGCUCUGGAGAAAGAACCAGCAGAGGCAGAGGAGCAUCUCUCACAGUCAAUGAAAGGAGACUUUGAACCGCAGCAAAUACCAACAGAGGGUACUGGUCCAGAUAGCCUUGCCCAGGCCACAAUGUUCGGUCUUCCUGCUGAAACCCCGCGGCCAGCCGAGCUCAAAGAAAUCCCUGAACCUGCUGAAGUGCUUCGACCACACACCAGCCCAAGUACUGACUUCGGUGAAGAGGGGGUGCUGCGGAUUCACCUGCUGGAGGCCCAGAAUCUGGUUGCAAAGGACAACCUGAUGGGGGGCAUGGUGAAGGGCAAGAGUGACCCCUAUGUCAAAAUCGACAUAGGUGGCAUUCCGUUUAAGAGUCGCGUUAUAAAAGAGAAUCUCAACCCCACAUGGAAUGAAAUGUAUGAGGCGGUUUUGAGCGGGAACAGCGUCCAGGAGAUCAAGUUCGAAGCCUUUGAUAAGGAUUUAGAUUCUGAUGACUUCCUGGGGAGAUUCAGUAUUAAGUUGAACGAGGUCAUCAGAUCGCAGUACACAGAUCAGUGGUACACACUGAAUGGUGUGAAGUCCGGGCGCGUUCACUUGAUACUGGAAUGGGUUCCUACAGUUUCAAAUUCAGUCAGACUUGACCAGGUACUGCAGCUUCAAACUCUCCAGUGUUUUCAGAACAAAGCCGUCCCCUCUGCUGCUCUGCUCUUUGUCCACAUGGAGAGAGCACAUUCAUUACCUUUGAAGAAAAGUGGAAAGGAACCUAAGGCAGGAGCCGAGCUUGUUCUGGGUGAAACGACUUUCAAAACCAAACUGUGUGACCGCAGCACCAAUCCUGAGUGGAACGAGUCUUUCUACGCUCUGGUCCGUGACCCUAAACUUCAGAUGCUCGUAGUAAAGUUGUCGAGCGGCUGGGACCAGCCAAUGGGAUCUCUGGUAGUUCCUGUGAAGGAGCUCCUUGCAGAGCCACAUCUGGUCCUGGACCAGUGGUUCCAUCUGGACGGAGCCGCGCCUGAGAGUCAAAUCCUCCUGAGGGCUGAACUCAAGGUUCUGGAUUCCAAAAUGGUGGACAUGAUCAGUGCAGGGACUCUGCCCUGUGCUGCAGCUGGCAGUGGAUCUGGAAAUGGGCAGGUGAAGUUGUCUCUGGCGUAUGCGUCCCGGGACAGAAAGCUCAUCGUGGAGGUCCAUGCUUGCAGAGGUCUGAAGGAUGGUGUAGACAGCUAUGUGUCCAUAAUGCUGCUGCCAGACAAGAGCAAAGCAACCAAGAGGAAGACCGCUGUGAAGAAAAGAGACGUCCAUCCAGAAUACAAUGAGAGGUUUGAGUUUGACCUGCCGAUGGAGGAGACGAAAUUCAGGCGCCUCUGUGUAUCAGUGAAAAACAACUCGGCCUCGUUCAGGAGCCGCGACGUCAUUGGACAGGUGCAGAUUGAGUUGUCUCAAGUUAACCUGAUGUCUGGUGUCACUGACUGGUUCACUCUGAAAGAUGAAGAUGAAUAGUCGCUCUGCUCGCUUGCGACGUCGUGCAGCGAUGAUGAUGUCAUCAUCACUCGACUUGGCAUUGUGCCAUAGCUGCAGCCCACACUGAUGCCUUCUCCUUCCCACCUCUGCAUACGGUGCCACUGUGGCAGCCUCACCUGCAUCCACCCAGCUCUUUGUGUAUUGACAUAUCAGUGGACUGUACUGUAUAUUCACAUGCAUCAGUACUCUCACCAAAGAUAAGUAGGCGGAAGUUGACAAGGAUAAAGUGCAUGUUUGUUUUGACUGAAGUCUACUUUCCUAUUUGAAGAAAUAAUAGUUUGAAGAUGGAGUGGAGCAAAUGGAAGAUGUGCAGGCCCAGAAAGUUUUCUGUUUUAUGCUCUUUUACCGUUGCAAGAAUAAUAAAUUGGAGAUUAUGUUGGAAGAAGAGCAGCCACAUGUUAAGACUGCAGUUGUUGUUGUGUGGCUCAUGCGUGCCACUGCUUUUUUCAGUAUUUUAUAUCUGUUGUGUGACAGGUUCAUGUUUGAGUUAAUAUAUGUUCCACAGCGCUUUGCUACAUUUGUGUUUGAAAUUGCUUUUGAAAUACUUUUUAUAAGAUUUUCUUUUUCUACAACACAUCUGUUACAAUUAAAUUGGGGUGUAUUUGGUUUUAUGUAUAUUCGCAAAGAUCAUGGAUCAGAUCCCGUGUGUUGAAAGGUGACAAAUAAACAGAUUUUGCACAUCUCA